CCGGCGCGCUCUUCUCCCUCGGCGUCCCCAGCAGCCCCUGUCCCGCCGCCUCGCUCCGUUCAUGAGCGCUGCAGGCGGGAUCCGGAGAGGGGCCUCCGAGGGAAGCCGGACAGGGCGAGCGAGCCGCCAUGGAAGAGCUCGCCCAGCGCCCCCCGUCGCCCGCCACCAGCCCUGCCCACCCGGUAAGCCGCGCGUCUUCUUGGGAUCCUAGGAAGUUUUCUUAAUUUCUCCUCGCCUUUCAACUGUUCCCUGGGCUAGGAAAGCAAACUCCUCCUUUCUCUUUAAGAAACACAACCUCGCUUAUUUCAUAGAAUCGUAAGAGUUGGAAGAGUUGAUCCAACCCCCUGCCAUGGAAGAAUAGCAUGGGCAUCGAACCCGUGACUUUGGCAUGAUCAACGCCGCACUCUAACCAUCUGAGCUAGCCAUAACUUGUCCGCUCAAUCCACCGGAGCCUGUCUUUGCAUGCCAAAAAAGUCUGUAACUCCUCGAGGGUUUGAGACCCAUUGGCUACCUUCACCUGGUUUAGCCACCUAGUCAAAGUCCUUUCCUGGGGUGAUAAGGGAGGGGUAGUACCUUUGGUGGGGGACAUGUCUGGGGUAGUUUGCCCACCUUUGGCCCCCACCCUGCACUCAGGUCUCACCUGUGGCUCAUAGAAACUGUCAGUGUGUGACAGCGGCCACCCUCCAACCCGUAACUAAGAUAAAACACAAUGUAUAGUUAUAUAAUGUUACACAGAUAUGGCCUGCAUGGGGAGAAGGGGUAUUGUGAUAACAAAAUGUUUCUGAUAACUGGUGAUCAGGUGGUGGGUGCCCAGCUCUCCUUAGAUUUUAAAGGACGCCCUUUGCUGUUCAGAUAUACCACCCUGUGAAGCACAUUGGACUUACAGCACAAUCCUGUGCGAGUUUACUCAGAAGAAAUUAGUCGCAGUGGCGUAGCGUGGGGGGUGCAGGGGGGGCCGGCCGCACCGGGCGCAACAUCUGGGGGUUAGGGUUAGGGGCGCAAAUCCACGGGUUAGGGGGCGCAAAUCCACAGGUUAGGGGGCGCAAAUUACUUGCCCCGGGUGCUGACAACCCACGCUACGCCACUGAUUAGUCGAACUACCAUCUGAUGGGGCUAGUAAGUGUGUUUAGGAUUGAAUCGUUAAAGCAAUUAAAGGUUUAAAAGUACCUGCCCUAGGAUCUUAGGGUAAAGGGCAGGAAAUAACUAACUUACAUUUGUGCCCAAAUUUUCAAAAACACUUCAAAACCAAUAUACUUUCAAAAUCUAGUCCUUAUUCUGAUGCAUACAAAAUGUCAGCCUGGAUAGCUCAGUUGGUUAGAGCUUGGUGCUGAUAACAUCAAGGUUGCAGGUUCGAUCCCUGUAUGGGACAGCUGCAAGGUAAAGGACCCCUGGACGGUUAAGUCCAGUCAAAGGCGACUAUGGGGUUGCAGCGCUCAUCUCGCUUUCAGGCCAAGGGAGCUGGCAUUUGUCCACAGAAAGUGUUCCGGGUCAUGUGGCCAGCAUGACUAAAUCACUACUGGUGCAUGGAGGACUGUGACGACUGCCAGAGCCCAUGGAAGCGCCAUUUACCUUCCUGCCACAGCAGUACCUGUUUAUCUAUUUGCUCUGGCAUGCUUUCGAACUGCUAGGUUGGCAGGAGCUGGGACAGAGCAACGGGAGAGCAACCCUGUUGUGGGGAUUCGAACCGCCGACCUUCUGAUCAGCAAGCCCAAGAGGCUCAGUGGUUUACACCACAGCGCCACCCGCAAUGCAUAUUGCUGCACUGCAGAUGGUUGGAUGAUAUGAUCUUCAAGGUUCCUUCCAACUCUAUGAUUCUAUGACUGCCAAGAUUUUCCAUGUCACUUGAUAUGAGUUUGUUUUAGGGAGGAAGGGAAGCCCUUCCAAAACUAAAUCAUUGUAUUUUUAGUUUUGUUAAAUGAUGAAAAAAAUUGUAGUGGUUUGGUUUUUUUUAAGUGAAUAUAUUUUAGACUGACAUCAAUGCUACUUUAUUGAAAUAGGAGGAAAUGGAUGAAACAACAACCCUCGUUUGUAAACCGAGAAACAAAGGAGGAACUAGCAACCUCUCAUCAGCUGCUUUUAAUGUCAUCAACUCCAUCAUAGGAUCUGGUAUGAUAGGUAAAUAAGUCAGUUUAUUAUUCAUUCUAGUUAAUUACUAUCAAUCAUAUUUUUGGGAGUUGUAAUUUUAUUACAGUGGUGCAGAUUAAUGUUGAUCAAGAUCAGGGAUCCCAAUGGGCUGUUUAUAUAUUUAAAAUUUGACUUUGUCAAUGGCUUCCUUUACAUGACACAGUAAGCCAUGCUACAGCUUCCUGGGACCUUACAAAUAUAUGGGCGUACAGAUAGGAACUCGCAGCCACUUCCCUCCAGAUUCAGGAGCUGAUGGCAUGAGCUUCCUGUGGCUUGGGCUUCCUCAGAUCUUAAGUAGCCCCUGGGAAGAUGGGAGAGGAGCUGGAAGCAUCAAUAAGUGGCAAGAACUUGUAGGGGGACCUCCAAUCUAAUUUGUUUGUUUGCAUCGUUUUCACAGGCCUGCCCUAUUCUCUGAAGCAAGCUGGAUUUCCAUUGGGAAUAUUGCUGUUGUUGGCCGUUGCUUAUAUCACAGGUAUUGCCUAAAAAGCGGCUGCUGUCAUUCAGUAGAGAGAGAGGUCCAAGAAUUAAGAUGGGCAGAAUGUGCAAAAUGUCUUCAUUGAUACUAGAAGUCCAAAAUCAGGCAUUCUUCUCUCCACGCGACCAACUUUGCUUGGAGAGAGAGCCCCUCUGUGGUGUCCCCAACAUGCUCUGCCCCCCCCCCCACUGUCCACACAUUGGGGAAAGGUCUGAAGGGGAAAUUUUGGGUGCAUGUGGGCUUGCCCUAUGGGCUCCAUUUCUGUGGAAUCCAGCUUUCAGCUCACAGGAACAGACUGUAUGCAUUAGGUAGCUUUCUGCCCUUCAUAUCUUCCCCAGUGUGUUGACAGCAUAUGGGUGGGGCAGUCAGGGGACACAACAGUAGGGCAGGGCCUAUAGAGCCCCACGGUCUCUCCAUGCAUUGUUACUCAAGUGUCACACUGGGACGCAGGUGGCGCUGGUGGUCUAAACCACUGAGCCUCAUGGGCUUGCCGAUCAGAAGGUCAGCAGUUCAAAUCCCUGCAACGGAGUGAGCUUCCAUUACUCUGUCCCAGCUCCUGCCAACCUCGCAGUUUGAAAGCACACCAGUGCAAGUAGAUAAAUAGGUACUGCUGUGGCAGGAAGGUAAACGGCAUUUCCGUGCACUCUGGUUUCUGUUACGGUGUUCCAUUGUGCCAGAAGUGGUUUAGUCAUGCUAGCCGCAUGACCCGGAAAGCUGUCUUUGGACAAACACCAGCUCCCUCAGCCUGAAAGCGAGAUGAGCGCUGCAACUCCAUAGUCGCCUUUGACUGGACUUAACCAUCCAGGGGUCCUUUACCUUUACUCAAGUGUACAGGAAAAAUGCUUAAUCUUCUGAGGUGAUUUUUAAAAGUAGAGCACUGUGCUGCAUUGGAUGUCCUUUCCUAUGCGAUAUUAGGAUACCACAAAAGAAGGCAGGGCUCGGGAGGAUCUUCCUAGUGAAUGGAACAAUGGCUUGCUGGAACAGGAACAAGAGAUGAUUGCAAGCAUUCCCAUCCACCUUUCACAUAGCCUAGUGCAGAGGACACAACCAGGGUUUCCGAAACUGGGGGCCUCUAGCUGUUUUGGGGCUAUAACGCCCAACAUCCAUAGCUAGCAGGACCAGUGGUCAGGGAUGAUGGGAAUUGUAGUUCAAAAGCAGCUGGAGACCCAAGUUUGGGAAACCCCACUCUAAAGCAUAGUUUCCCCUGUGAACUAGGAUUGCAAAUAGGAUCAAACUGUGGUUUGCAGUUCUGGUUUGUAGAGAGCAGUUAAACCACAGAAUCUCUGUUGUAGAGAAUCAGUUAAGGACACAAUGCAAUUCAUAGUGUGCAACUAAUCUUGCAUUUGUGAAAAAAAAUCUCUAUUCUACCCAUUGUAACAGAAAAUGCCAGUCUAUUACACAUCAGUUCCAUGUGCUUUGCUGACUUAUUAUAUUCCCUUAUUAAUCCUUGUGAACAAAGUUUAAAACUAUAUGUGUCUCUUUCUAGGUGCAGUGGCAAAUUAGAGUCAGGGAGACCCAUGUUCAAAUCCCUACUCACUGAGCAAUCGGGGGCCAUUAAAUGUCUCUCAACCUCACAGAGUUGUUGUGAGGAUAAAAUGGGGUGGGAGAGAAUCGUUUUUAAAAUAAUUUGUACUAAAGCUUGUACCCUAGCCAUGCUAGCAGACCUCAGGGCAGCCCAUUUGCUCCUAUAUCCUGCUGUUUACAUGGGCACGAACUGGGCUGCUAGUUAACAGCACUGGAAGGAGCCUGUGACUCUGGAGAUGGAUAUGGAAUGCUAAUUGACACCACCCAAUGCCGCCUUUGAGGGCACAUGUGGAUUGAAAGAAUGAUCCACUGGCCUGGCAGUAACAGGGAUCAAAGGCAGCUCUCCUUGCCUGACCUACAAAAUAAAUAGGUCAGCUCUCUGGAAAUAAUUGCAGAAGAGAUCUCUAGCAAUGCCUCCCCUAACGGACACUGGAGAUGUAGUUGUGUUACCAAGACAUUUUUCUUUGGUUUCCCGCAGGUUUUGUGUAAGAUCUCCUUUUCCCUGUUAUUCUGUGUUCCCAGGUAUUCUCCAUGGUGACUUCUUUCAGUCUGAUUUAAAAAUAAAAAAUCAAGAGAAUAAUGCAUGAGAAAUUGAUCCCAAAGAGAUUGUUUUUAAUAGAAUGCUUCUUGUUCUCCUCAACAGAUUAUUCUAUUAUCCUGUUGAUUAAAGGAGGGAACCUGUCUGGAACCAACAGCUACCAGGCUCUGGUCAAUAAAGCAUUUGGUUUUGUAGGGUACCUAAUUCUCUCAGCUCUCCAGUUCUUAUACCCUUUCAUUGGUAAGGUCCCCUUGCAGAUGCAUUAAAGAACAAUGCCUUUUUGCAGUCUAUAAAAGAAGAAGACUGGAAGCCCCUGUGGUGUAGUGGUUAGGGUGUUGGACUAGGACCUGGGAAACCAGGGUUCAAAUCUCCACUUGGCCAUGAAGCUCUCACUGAGUGACUUUAGGUCAAGUCACUGUCUCUUAGCUUAACCUACCUCACAGGGUUGUUGUAGGGAUUAAAUGAGGAAGGAGAGAACCAUGUACACCCCAUGUACACCACCUUGAGUUCCUUGAAGGAAAAAGUGGGAUGUAAAUUGUUAUGUACUGAAGUUAUGUACUGGGCCAGCAGGGGGCCAGAUGGGGAUACUGUAGAUAGUUAUGCAAAUGAAGGAUCGAAAGUGACGUUCAGUGAUUGGAUAGUUUUAGAAAGUUGUUACAGUAACGUGGUACUGGAGCUCUAUAUAAGCAGGCUGACUGAGCCCUUCAGCUCAGUUCUGUUCUGGCCUCUGAAUAAACAAGAGCUGUUUGAAGAAUCGCUGUGUCGUCUGAUAUGUUCACCCACAACUUAACAUAAAUGAAAUACAUAAAUUAAAUUGGUCAAGGCUUAGCCUUUAAUCUUCCCCUUUGUUUGGUUGGAACCCUGGAUGGUGAAAGAAGGGCUCUUAACAGCGCCCCCAUGCACUGAUAAUUCGCAUGAGAGGGGUUGCGGGGUCACCAGACUUGGGGUCAAGAAGUGAGGCCUCCUUGUGUGGCCGUAGAAGCCCCUCAUACAGACACAGUGGGGGCAGACCCUUUGGGUCUGAUAGGGCAGGUGACAGUAGAAGGGACCAGAGCCAAUGGCAGCCAAGGCCAACACAUUCUACUGUUGCUCCCAUCCUCCUUUGCUGAGCUGUACAAGGGCAUCAGUGAGAAGGAGGAAGAGGCUGGUUUUAAGGAAGAAGGCAGGCAGGCAGGCUUCCUGUUUUGAAAUGAGCCCCAUCAAGUUUGGUGGUUAAAUUUGCCUAAAAGUAUUGAACAUAAAAUACAUUUCAUGUUCAGAAAAGGCAUAGUUUUUCACUGACACAGUUUUGUUCCGCAUAGUGUAUGCUUAGGUUUCAUUUUAUCUUUUCAAAGCGUUAUUAACGAAGUAGCUUCUUCUUUUAAAGCCAUGAUUAGUUACAACAUUAUAACAGGAGACACUUUGACUAAAGUUUUCCAAAGAAUUCCUGGCGGUGAGUCGAUCAGUUUUUGUUCUUCCUGAUUAAUAAAUGUUUUUACUUAACUUGCUAGGAAAGUUGAUCAAAAUAUUUGCCCACGAAUUGAAUAUUGUAAAGGGCUGUGACACUCACCAUAAGUUAUGCAUACUUUUUUAUUUUCUUGGUAUAUUUUGGGGGUUUAGAUUUUGGUACAGUGGUACCUUGGUUUAUGAACUUAAUCCAUUCCGGAAGUCCAUUCUUAAACCGAAACCUUUCUUAAACCAAGGCGCGCUUUCCCUAAUGAGGCCUCCUGCCGCCAGUGCCCUUCCACCGUUCGGCUUCCGUUCUUAGACCGAGGUAAAGUUCGGAAACCGCGAUACUAUUUCCGGUUUUGUGCAGUUCGUAAACCGAAUCGUUCAUAAACAGGUCUGUUCUUAAACCGAGGUACCACUGUAUCUGAUAUAUAACCUGACCCAUUCUGAGAAUCUCAGGUUUCAUUUUCAAAAGGCAUGUUUCUAGUCCUUAUGAAUGGAGGGAUAUGUUGUCCCCAGAAGGAUCCACUGUAUUGGGGUGGAGCUUUGGAGUCCUGCAUAACUAAGGCUGCAGUCCUACUUGGGAGCAUUGAAUUAAAUAGGACUUCCCUCUGGGUAGAUAUGCCUAGCAUUUAUGGUGUUCUUCAUAGUCUGCAAUCACUUUCUCCGGGCAUAUAUGACUGCAGUCUGUUGCUUGUCAUCCACCACAUAUGGCACCUGCAACCACACUGUUAUUUGCACAAAAUCUGAAUUUUAACAUUCAGUUAACACGGCAGUAGAGAUCAUUUAUACAAAACAAACAUGCAUACAUUUAUUUGCAUUAUUUAAUAUGGAGUACACCAUUCAUUAUACUGGGUAUAAAUGUUAUAAGUUUAUCAGCUUAAUUUUUUGAAAAAAGACUUGUGCUUGUAAACUUUGUGCUUUAUAAUACCUCCCUUUUAAUAUUAAUAUUAAUAAUUGGGGAAAUACUGAAGCAUUCUGUACAUUAUGUAUUGGUGUAAUCCUGUAAUGUUUUCUUAAAAGUAAUCCUCACUGAGUUCAAUGAGGUAUACGCCAAUGACACGGGAUUGCAGACUGAGUUUUUGUAAUAUAACUCCUUAGCAUAAAUGUUGCUGGCAAGUAUUUUGAGGUGCUUUGUCCUAAAUACUGUUGGUGCUAUAUAAAUAUUCCAAAAAUCGCAAAUUUUUUGUUCCCCUCCUACCUGUCCUCAUUUCAUGAACAGAUUUUUAGACAUUCAACACAUUAAAAAAUCAUGUACAUUUCACAUUUAAUGAGCAACCUAACAUCCAUUUCUUACAGAAAUAUGCAUCUUAACAUUUCUCUCUUUUUUUUAAGCAGUCGAUCAAGACAAUUUGCUCAUUGGUCGCCAUGUCAUUAUUCUCUGUGUCACCAUCAUCUUCACCCUUCCUCUUUCCCUCUUUCGAAAUAUAUCAAAAUUGGGGAAGGUAAAUCAUUACUGUAUAGAAAUUAACUUAUCCAUUUGGGUUAAGAAUGAAAAUAGCGUCAGAUCAAACUUCCUCAGCCUAGUGCUCUCUGAGGUGUUUUGGGCCACGUCAGCCCUGACCAGCAUGGUCAGUUGCCAAGGACGAUGGGAAUUGUAGUCAAAAGCAACUGAGGGAGGAACCAAGUUGGGGAGGCUGACCUUGGUUGAUAACUGGGGUAAGAGUUUUAACAUAUGGGAAGAGAAAAAGGUUGAACAGACACAUUAUGUCAGGCAUAGGCAAACUCAGCCAUCCAGAUGUUUUGGGACUACAGCUCCUAUCAUCCCUGACCACUGGUCCUGUUAGCUAGGGAUGAUGGGAGUUAUAUUCCCAAAACAUCAGGAGGGCCGAGUUUGCCUAUGCCUGGAAUUCAAAUACUUUCUGUUCUGCUUUCCCCCUUCUUUUGUAUAUACAUUUUGAAUGGCAGGUCUUUUAAUUAUACUGGCCUGUCACCCAUGGAAAUGUCCGUUCUCUCUUCUUUGACAAACGAGAUUAUGCUUUUGGAAAUUCUAAAAUGUUUGACCACUAAUGGGCAUAAUCGGCUAAUGCUUUUAUUGUUAUUUGCAGGUAUCGUUGGUUUCUCUGAUUUUAACCGUCCUCAUCCUGGUGUUUGGGAUUAUAAGGGCGAUUACAUUUAGUGCACAGGUGUAAGUAAUCUUGUCAUUUCUCAUUCUCCAUAAUCUCUCUGGGAGAAAUAAAGGUCACGGUUAGAGGCAGUUGGUGCUUUGUAAGAGAGCUGGAUCCAGCUUGAGGGAGAGCUGAGUUUGCAUGUUUUGUUUUAAGAUACAAAAGAAGGCCUCUUGUGGUAGUAAACCCAAAUUGCAGGAAAGUUGCAGCACAGCAACAUCACUUUGAAUUACACUUGGUGAUUUGGUGAAUCACGGUAGUGAUGGAAAGGGCCUUUUCUGAUUUUUUCGGCCCACACAGCUGCCAUUUUGAUCAGUGUUCACAAUAAAAAUGGCUGGGGGGAAAUCCAAACCCACUGAAACAAUACAGAAAGAGAAAAUGACAGGGAAAAUAAUGCUGCCUAGUCAUAGGAUAUUUCAUUGGUGCUCUCCAGAAAAUAUCGCUUGACAAUGAGACAAAGAAUCUAUUCAGAUGUAAUGCAGCUGCUCCAUCAAGCGAUGGUUUGUUGGUGGUAAAUGAGCAGUGAGUUCUGGUGGUGCUGACACUAUGACAAAGAAAUGAGCUUGAGUGCCCCCACCUCCAGUUGUGCUACAGACUUAAGAGGGUGACUUCUUGGCUCCUUAAUCAGUUUUCCAUGAUGCCUGAACUGAAACCAGUAGUGUAGUGGAACUGCAGCUCAAGUACAUUUUUCUUUUUCAGAGCUAGUACACCAGGAUAAUUGACAAACUGACCUUGCUUUGGCACUUUUAUCUAGCUCCGAGGGCCUUCUGGUGGUUCCCUCACUGCGAGAAGUGAGGUUACAGGGCACCAGGCAGAGGGCCUUCUCAGUAGCGGCACCCACCCUGUGGAACGCCCUCCCACCAGAUGUCAAGGAAAUAAACAGCUACCUGACUUUUAGAAGACAUCUGAAGGCAGCCCUGUUUGGGGAAGUUUUUAUUGUUUAAUGUUUUAUAUAUGCUGGAAGCUGCCCUGAGUGGUUGGGGGAGCCCAGUCAGAUGGGCGGGGUACAAAUAAUAAAAUUAUUAUUGUUGUUAUAGGGAUAUAAGGAGGCUUCCAAGUUUGUUUGUGACUGAUUAGUGAAGCUAAGGGAUGAGGGAAAUAGUCAUGCAGAGGUUGGGUAUUACUCACCUUUUCUUUAAUAGAGUGCCUACUUUACACUAGCCGUUUAAAUAGUAACCCUAUAAGAUUGUUCGUAUUCCUAACUAAAAGCUGAAAGUUGUGUUUCAGAGGGCUGAAGGUCAAAGCUCAGUAUAGAUUGCAGCUUGAGCCUUACAAUCCUUCUGAGUUCACUGGAGCUUAUUCCCAGGAAACUAGAACUGCAGUCAUACUGAGCCUAAUAAACUGGGCAUUAGCCUGUGUGUGUGUGUGUGUGUGUGUGUGUGUGUGUGUAAAAUACUAGAUCCAAACAGUUGCUUGCAUUUUUGGGCUCUUGUUGGGAAUAUGGAUAUGGGAGCAGCCAUGAUGAACUUUUUCCACUUAGGAAGCUGUCUAAUAGUAAAUCAGCUCAGCAUUGUCUACCCUGCCUGGCAGUGUCUCUCUAUGAUUCUAUGUCUCUAUGGGUCUCUCCCAAGCUUACCUGAAGAUACCAGGGAUUUAACCUGGAGCUUUUUGCAGGCAAAGCAGAUGAUCUUCCACUGACCAAUAGUCUUUAUUUAAAUUUAAAAUUUCAAAAUUGCCAUUACAUCACGUAAUGGAAAAAGUUAAAAUUGCAUGUGUUAUUUAUGAAAUUGGGGGUGUAGGAGGAAAUGCCCUGCUUUUGUUUCCAUUAUAUUUAAACUUUUUUCAGUGUUCUGUAGUUUCCUGACCAGAAGAAUUUCUUUUCUCACACCAGCCAUGACCAGCAAAGGGGGUGAGGGGCAAAUAUCUUAUGUCUGGGUCCCUGUGGUUACUUUAAAGAACGGCAUUUUUCACAUACUUAAGGUGCUUUUCUUUCACAUCAAUUAGUCACAGAAGAGUUAAGACCUUUAUUAGGGCAUAUUAAAAUGGAGGGGUUGAACUUUCAAAAUUUCCAGAACUCUUCUUACAACUGGAUGCUUCACCGUAAAACAUGGAAGGAGAGAAAGGAUUCCAAACACCUUUGAAAAGCUGACCCUUUGUAAUAUUUUUAUUAGGUCCUAAUAACUUUUGAGUUAUUUUUCUCAUGGACAUAACAGCUGCCUAGGAGAGUGUCUUUGUGUGAUAGUUAAUAAGGUAGUCAGCCUUAAUUCCUGCUUCAGAAAAGCAGUUAUGCGGACGCUUAAUUUUGGCGAUAUUUCAGCACUUUGCUUCUAUUUCCUCUUGAAAUACAAUGGAAAUGUACAGUACACAUGUAUAAGGAUUGCCUUAGGAGCAUUGUCAGGAACAGAGCAGAAGGCAUCCUGUCUGGCCUGGAAAUGUAUAUGGGUAGGAAUAUUGCAAAUUACACACACACAUUUUGUAAAUAAGCAAAGAAACACAUUUCAGUCCCUUGCCAUUGUGUUGCUUUGAGGUAGUAAAGAGGGCCAUAAAUGGCACUAGCAUUUAUUUCCAAAGCUGGAAUAAUCUGCAGCAUAACUGCUAAUUAAUAAAUGGUGGGUUAUUUAUAAAAGAAAAGGUGUGGCUAAGGAGCUCUGCAGGUUCUGAUUGAUACUUGAGAAGAGUAUUGGAUGUCAAAAGAAACUUUCUGGAGCAGGGGGAGCUUCAUAGAACUGGCAAGAGUAAAAAACCUGAAGUUGCAUCUUCCAAGGUAAAUGGUGCUUGGAAAAGCUAAUUUGUCUGCGGCAGAGAUAAAGCCUGACAGCUGGGCGCUGUUCUCUGGCCUGGCAGCUGUGUCCUGCUGCUGCUUUGCAGUUCACUGAAAGUGCAGCGGCUGAGACAGCAGGUGGCAGCAGCCUCCCCUGUCAAGAGAGAUGAGGACUGAAGCCCCUGACUAUUGAAGGUGGGCGUUCUGCCCUCUGGCAAUGUUUUUAUCUCAUUUUAUUGCACUCCUGUUUGAAGGCAAAUGUGUACAGUUGUACCUCGGAAGUCGAACAGAAUCCGUUCCGGAAGUCCGUUCGCCCUCCGAAACGUUCGAUUUCCAAAGCAUGGCUUCUGAUUGGCUACAGGAAGCUCCUGCAGCCAAUCAGAAACCACGGAAACCCCGCUGGACAUUCGAAAACCGGAACACUCAACUUCUGGUUUUCGAUCGUUCGGGACCCAGAACAUUCGACUCCCAAGGCGUUCAGGAACCGAGGUACGACUGUACUUGCAGAAUUAUAUUUGAAGACGCUGUAUAUUUUGGGAAGUAGGGGAAUAAUGGAAAGGUGGCAUUCUCUAACCCCCUGCCCCCCGCUGGCAUUACUUGAGGGGAGGAAUCUUUUGGCCCAGUCAGAUUUUGAAAAGUCAGUGCCAGCUCCCUCUUCUCGAGGUUCAUCUGAUCUUCCAAAUUCAAAGUGGUUUAAGUUCAGAAAUGCACAAAUGGCAUGCUGUGCAAAAAUUUGUUUGCAUUGCACAGCUUUAACUGUGAUGCUGUUUGCUUUGGAACUUGAAUUGCUUCUCCCAUGCACAGGCUUCGGCCUGUAACAUCACGUAUGGGUAUAGAGCUGGCAUGGUAGUGGUGCCUAGAGUGUUGGACUAGGACCUGGGAGACCAGGGUUCAAAUCCCCACUCAGCCAUGAAGCUCGCUGAGUGACCUUGGGCUGGUCAAUCACUCUUAACCCUACCUCACAGGGUUGUUGUGACGAUAAAAAUGGGAGGAGGAAAACCCUGGGCUCCUUGGAGGAGGAGGAGGAGGAGUUUGGAUUUGAUAUCCCGCUUUAUCACUACCCGAAGGAGUCUCAAAGCGGCUAACAUUCUCCUUUCCCUUCCUCCCCCACAGCAAACACUCUGUGAGGUGAGUGGGGCUGAGAGACUUCAGAGAAGUGUGACUAGCCCAAGGUCACCCAGCAGCUGCAUGUGGAGGAGCAGGGAAGCGAACCCGGUUCACCAGAUUACGAGUCUACCACUCUUAACCACUACACCACAAAUGAAAUGAAUGAAUGAAUGAAUGAAUGAAUGAAUGAAUUAUAUAAUGAUGCAUGGAAGGGCUUUUCCCAGGCAGCAGUCGUACGCAGAUUUACUCAGAAGGAACCCCGUGGUCGGUUCAAAUAAGUGUGUUUAGGAUUUCAGCCUGAGAGAGCCAGAGACUACAAAUCCAAUUGAGCCUCUCCUAUCUCACUGCACCUUUUGUUGCUGUCAUUUUCUCUCUUGGUUAGAACAUAGUUUGUCAGCGUUGAUUUGCAGCACUGAAGGUAUGAGACCCUAGGCUAUUGUGCCCCCGUUGCCCUCCUCAAGGGGCCCGAGGCAGGUUAAACAGAGCACAGACAAGUCCAGAAAGCUGCAGGUAGACUGAGAUGUGAAAGUUUUGCUGUCGCUAGCUAUAGUUCGGAUUAACAAGAAAACAGCUGGAUGGCUGCAAGGGGGCGGAAGGGGGAAGCCUUUUUACUUUCCAUUUCAUAAAAAAAUCUCUUCAGCGUUUGUGCUUCAAUUGACAUGAGAUUCCUGCAUUGCAGGGUGUUGGACUAGUUGACCCUCAGGGUCCCUUCCCACUCUACAGUUCUGUGGUUCUGUGACUGCCCUGGCAGUUUGUUUAGAGCAAGAGUGGCUAGCAUGUUGCUGGGGGGAAAGCCCCUGUGACCCCUGACCAAGCUGGCUGGGGCUGAUGGGAGUUGGAGUCAGUCCAACAGUUGCUCAGCCACAGGUUCCCUACUCUUGACUUUCAGCUUUUGCUUUUCUUUUCUUUUUUAAGAGUUAUUCCUGGUGGAAGUGGCAACCUCUCAAAUGCUGCUUUCUUUUCCAGAACCCAAACAGAAAAUCCGUGGGUGUUUGCAAAGCCCAAUGCAGCCCAAGCCAUCGGGGUGAUGUCAUUUGGUAUGUGCCGUGUUUGGCAGCAUUUCUUUAAUAUCUUUAAUAUCUGCAGCGCAUGUAGCACUCUUAGGUUCCCUUUGCAUUAGUGAGAUUCUUACUCUUCCAGAUUUGUUUUUUAUUUUUCUUGCGAACGUUUUAAUUUAAGUAUUGAUGGAUUUGUUGGAAAUGUCGAGCAGGGGCAGUUAACCUGUGGCUGUCUAGAUGUUGUUGUACUCCAUUUCCCAUCAUCCUCAGCCAACACAGCUGAUGGCCAGGGAUGAUGGGAACCAUAUUCCAACAACAUCUGGAGUACUGCCAUUUUGCUGUCCCUUUGAGCUACCCACCUGAUCACCAUCUUUGCUGGAAUAAUCCGGGUUUGCUUUUGUAACGUACAAGGAUAACCCUUGACCAGAUUUGUCCUUUAUCUUUGUCUUAGGGCAAAACGGGUCUGAAUGAUUACAUCCUUUCUUCCACUGAUCAGACCAACUUUGAAGGUUCUUCCCAUUUUCCUCUUUCCCUUUGUGCUUCUCUUCUAACGAGAUUCCCUAAUGAAGCGCUUGUUAAAUUUGUUUCUUCUAACUGUGCAAUAGGGCUGGGCGAUAAUCUCGUUUUCCAGCUAAACAUCACCAGCUAAACAUUGCAAUAUACUGAUAAAUCACAAUGCCUGAAAUAAGGAUGGAGCUAUGUAGAAGCAUUGGCUGGCUUCAUGGUUUUUCCCACAUGGUGAUUUUGGUAUAGCCUGUGCACACUCACAUACAUCAUGAUUCGCAAUAUGUUUCCAGGUCAAGAAUUAUGGAACUGAUACCACUCUACAGAUUUCAAACCAGUUUUGAAUGAUAUAUCAAUAGAUCACCCAGGCCUACUGUGCAACAUUUCUGUAGUGGGAGCAUUGAGAGAAGAAAAAUGCCACGUCCUACAGACAUUUCCAUCUGUACAGAUUUUGGGAGUUAGGGAAUUCCUUAGAAAGUGUUCAGGAAGGUGUUCUUGCUCCCAGAGGUUGCCACAGCAGCACCUCUACUUUAUUCCACUGUAGAACUAAGUGGAGCAGGGGGUACCAACGCCAUCAUUGGACCCAACCAAAGUCAAGCACUUUAAGGGUCAAAAGUAGGCAUUAUUAUAAACACAUGGCUGCUCCUAGCUAUUUGGUUCCCACUUCCAGUAACAUCUCGUGGAACUUACCCAUGUCCUGAUGUCGCAACGCAACGUGUUUUCCCUACCUUCCGCCGACAGCAGCCAAUCCUGUGGGGUAGAAACUGCGACACACAGAAUGUUGUGACGUCAGGACAUGGGAAAGUUCUGCAAGGCAAGCUAGAGAAGGAUCCUACAUGCACAUCUACGGUGUUCAGUAGCUGCCAAGCAUUGCACAUAACAUCUAGUUUGCCCUUGUUGUUGUUUAGUCGUUUAGUCGUGUCCGACUCUUCGUGACCCCAUGGACCAGAGCAUGCCAGGCACUCCUGUCUUCCACUGCCUCCCGCAGUUUGGUCAGACUCAUGUUUGUUGCUUCGCAAACACUGUCCAACCAUCUCGUCCUCUGUCGUCCCCUUCUCCUUGUGCCCUCAAUCUUUCCCAACAUCAGGGUCUUUUCCAGGGAUUCUUCUCUUCUCAUGAGGUGGCUAAAGUAUUGGAGCCUCAGCUUCACGAUCUGUCCUUCCAGUGAGCACUCAGGGAUAAUUUCCUUAAGAAUGGAUGUGUUUGAUCUUCUUGCAGUCCAUGGGACUCUCAAGAGUCUCCUCAAGCACCAUAAUUCAAAAGCAUCAAUUCUUCGGCGAUCAGCCUUCUUUAUGGAGUUUGCCCUUAAUUCCCACCAAUUUCAAUGGGGGAAUAAAAAACAUGUACACAAUUCUUCCAUUGUGCUUUACUUUGGCUCAAGCCCAUUGUUUUCAAUAGCUUGCCUUUCCUCUGCUUUUCAGUACAUUUUCCCCAAAUCUAGUUGACUCAGUAAUAUAUACUGUAUAUUGCACAUGAUUGCUUUAAAAAUAAAAAUACUGUUGUGCUUCUUCCAGCAUUCAUUUGCCACCACAAUAGUUUCUUAAUUUACGGCUCCCUGAAAGAACCCACACUCAGCAACUGGGCCCGGGUCACGCAUGUGUCCGUCUCGUUUGCUGUGUUUGUCAGCUUGUUGUUCGCUACGUGCGGGUAUGUGACCUUUAGAGAAUACACAGAAGGUAAGUUAUUCCGUUCCGGGUUAUAGUUAUUGUUUACCUUGGCUUUCUGACAGUUCUCACCCACAUUAAGCUUUUCUCCUAGAUUCCCUCACCCAAGACUGUGGGUAUUCUGUGUAGGAUUUACUACUGGUACGGAAUUCAGCAUCUGCAAAACCUACUUAAAAAACAAAACCCCAAAGAAAUAUCUAGGGGACCUAUUUUCAGAACAAAAUCCCCACAUGAGCAGGUUCCAGGGGCCACAUGGAUGGGUGGGACCAGAGGCAAAAUUGGGUGGAGAAACCCAUGUAAGCUUUACCUCUGUACAGUAGCCCAGUUUUGGCACAGACUCGCACACUCCUCUCUCUCCAUCCAAGCAGCCAAGAGUUCAAGGGCACAUUCUAGCCAGGCAAAUGCACUCAAGGAGGACCUGAAGUAGGGCUGUUGAGGGAUGUGACUGAAGACCAGCUGUGACCAUAUUUGACCCCUGAGCAUGAGGUUCCCCACUCCAGCCUUAUGGCUUCUUAUAUAUCCACACCUCAGGCUUAUAUACUGAAGAUUCUCCAAAGAUAAUCCUGAACUUGAAGUAGUGUAUAUUGCUCUAAAGAGCAAGUAUAAUGCUAAUGAUUAUGAACUGGUGCUGAAGUUGUCCCUUUGCAUAUGGAAGGUGUAUUCCACUCACAGAAAGGUCAAUUCCAUUCCUUGGACGAGGUGAGAGCAAACCAGGCGAAAGCCCAAGGAUACUCUUCUCCUUGAAAAACCUCUUGAACAAACAGAAACAUGAUAUUGCCAGGCUGCAGGAGCAUGAGGAAUUCUGUAAAACAAUGUUCUUUGGUGCCAUGCCAAUGCAGGAAUCUUUUGCCCAACAUAGGGCUUGAACCCACGACCCUGAGCCUGAGAGGCUCGUACUCUACCAGCCGAGUCAAUCCAGCUUGUACCAGAUGAAGAGUAGAACAGAAAUGAGGAACCUGUGGGCCUCCCAUGAUGUUGCUGGACUACAACUCCAGUCAUCCCUGACCAUUGGCUAUCCUGGCUAGGGUUGAUGGGAGUUGGACACACCUGGAAGGUUACAGGAUGAUGCCUGCUCCUGGAGUAGAAGAUCACACAGAACCAGUCCUUCUCAAUCUAUUUACUUCCAUGUCUGCAGAGAACCUUGAAUGGGGGAAUCUGCCUCUUGGAAGACUUGCACAUGAGAUGGGGGAGAGGUGGAGUUGGGCAUAGAGCUAACAUAAUUCGUAAGAGCCCUGCUGGAUCAGACCAAAUGCCCAUGAGCCCAGCAUCCUGUUUUCCACCAUAGCCAGGCAGGUGCCUCUUGGGAAGCCUUCAAGCAGGACAUGCGGACAAUGGCUACAGUUCUUCACUUGUGCCACACCCCAGGCCCUUGGCUAUAGCCGCCACAUGCAGUCUAUUAUAGUUCUGUGCGCAGAGUGUGAAAACCCCUAAGGUAACAUUCCAAAGUUCCUAAGUUAACAAUCCCGUAAGCACUCCUAUACAUAGAAAACGCUUCAGAGGUUGUUGCAUAUUUGAAGCCUUCCAGCUUUGAUCCUGCGGCAUGGGAAGUGUGUGCGCCCAGAUUCCUUGCCCUGCUCUUCCUUAAGUGAUUGUUCUUGUCACAAGAAUAACAGCUACAGAGGAAAUCUGUCUGCUUCGACCAUGCGUUUUUAUUCAUCUUGAAAGCACCUUGCACCCUGACCCCAAUUCAGAUGCCAGGAAUACUCCUACAGUAAAAGCAACCUUGGUGUGCAAAGGAUGCUGAGCACAAGCUCGGCUACAAGAUUUAGUUUUUGGAAAUGAUUCACACACACACUCACACCCAAAAAACCACAAUAGCAGAAAAUACGCAGUGCCCCUCGCAUUCAUAGCUAAGAACGAAUUCUGUAGAGUGAUCACAGCAGAAAUGGUCCGUGCUGCUAGGGCCAUACACCAAAGGCAUAUGUUUCAAAAAUAGAAGUUCACCGUGUCUCGUGGCAAACCACUAUUGAACCAGAGGGGAUUUCCCAAACACAUUGUGAUUUGAUAAGGAAGGAAGGAAGGAAGGAAGGAAGGAAGGAAGGAAGGAAAGAAAGAAAGAAAGAAAGAAAGAAAGAAAAGCCUGCCUAGAGAUGCUCUUUGGAAUCCAGCCAGUACUUGUGGCUGUCUAGGUUUGUUCUUUGGAACUAUCGGAAUUUAACUGAGAACAAAUUUAAAAGUUCUCAUGAAUGCUUGGGUCUGUAUUCACAAUUUCUGUUUUCUCUUGCACAUUACAAAGUUAAUUUCAUUGUCUGCCACUUCUUCAGGAGACAUAUUUGAGAACUAUUGCCGAGAUGAUGACCUUGCCACGUUUGGGAGGUUUUGCUAUGGAAUCACUGUCAUCUUAACGUUUCCAAUAGAAUGCUUUGUUACCAGAGAGGUGAGUGUUAAUCGCACCUGUGUCUUAGAUUGCAGAGAGUCACCAUUAAUUUUUGAAGCCCCCAAUGCAGUGAGCUGUGAUAAGUGCCCAAGGAUGAAGUUUUAGAACACAGUUCCAUCAAAUUAAUGUUUUCUACACUGCUGCUACGGAAAUUACAAUUAUGUUGUGUUGCCAUAAUAAGAAAUCAGAUGCGAUGAAUCCUCUUGCAGAAUUCAUUUCAGUCCACUUAUUGACAUCCUUGGCUGAAAUAGACAAUAGGACAUAUUAGACAGAAACCUAAUCAGACUGAAUAUUCCUUAGUUUAAGCAAUGGCUGCAAUGCAAGCAGACUCAGUGACACCACCCAGUCUUCUUGGGCAAUUGCUGGGGGCCACUUCUUUCGGUGACACAUUCAUUCAUUCUGGGUGACUGAAGGGUUAGCCGCCAUCUUAGUUUUCCCAAAAUGUAAUGCCCUGGAAUUUCCAUUGCUUUAUGGCAUUGUGUGCAGAGGGUGGUUGCUCAAAAAAGAUGGUAGCCAUAUUAUUAAGUUAAUAGCAUCACAUAUACUAGUGACUGAAAAUGGGAAGCAACAAGUGCUGUCUGGCUCAGUGGAGAAGGUAUAGCAUAUGUAACCAAGGAUUCUGAUGUAUUACUAUUAUGUACAAAAUCACUUAUUGUAGGAUAUGAUAGGAUGGAACUAAAUCCAACAAACGUUCUCUGAAAUGUUUGCAUCCUUUUUAUAGAAUGCUGGAAUAAGCAUACGCUCAUGGAAAUGUAAGAUUUAUUUGAUUAUUGGUUUAGUAAAUUUGUAUAUCACCCCAUACCCAUAGAUCUCGAAGCGGUUCAGAACGUAGAUUAAUUGACAGACAAAGACAAUGUUUGUUUUCUUUUUGGAAGUACAUGACCUCAGUUUUGUCCUGAUGUAUACUGGAUCCUUAACCCUCUGCCUAGGUUUGUUUUUAUUUUAUUUUUAAAUGAAAAUGAAACAAAAAACAGUCCAUAAUCUAAAUAUUGAUCUAUUUUUCCACCUGUACAAAAAAAUUCAUACUUGGCCAAUUUAAAAGCAGCUAUGUGUUACUCUGGAAACGCUUUUAAAAAUAAAUAAUUAUGUGAACCUGGGUGCCUUGGGGGCAAGGGCCUUUCAUUGAAGUCUGGUGUUCAGUUGUAAUCCAUUCCUUUGGCUUGUGCAUAACACUAGCAUGAGAAAAUUAAAAUAUGCCACAUCAUAACAGUACUUAGAACUGUGCUUCUGUUUCAGGUCCUCGCAAAUGUGUUUUUCGAUGGAAACCUUACAACCAUUUGCCACGUUGCUCUGACAGUCAUCGUCAUUGCUUUAGCGACAAGUGUAUCAUUAGUGUAUGAUUGCCUGGGAAUAGUUUUAGAGCUAAAUGUAAGUGCACGGGGAUUUUUCAACUACUAAUUUUUUGUUUUGUUUUGGCUUAGUGAAAUAGACUGUUUCCUCAAAUUGUUAUUGUGUUAAUAGGAUAUGCUUAAGGAAGAGAUUUGGUGCUGUGCUUCUUUGUGGCAAGAUGAUGGACUUUUGUCUGAAGCUACAGAAAUACGUUUUUCCCCCUGGGGAAAAAUGAAGGGGCAUUCUAAAGCCCCUGUUCAAGCAAAAUUAUUAAGUCGCUUCCUCCAUUCUGAGGAGUCUUGCAGAUGCCUGUUUUUAUUUUGUUUGAGUAAGUGACAACCGCUAAGUCUUGCCCAGAGUAACUCUUGCCCACUGAAAUCAAUGAACAAGUUCCUUAAGUUCACUGGUUCCUCGUUGUGAUUUCCACCCCAUUCCUUCUAAACUCUGCAUAGAAUUAAUUUCAGGAGCGUGCCUCUGCAACACACCACAAAUGCAUAUUUGGUGUUUUACUUCCUGCUUGCAGGGGGUGCUCAGUGCUACUCCACUGGUCUUCAUCCUGCCUGCCGCCUGCUACUUGAGGUUCUCCGAGGAGCGAUGGACUCAUUCAGACAACCUUCUCUCUGCCCUGAUCCUUACCAUUGGGGUGCUGGUGAUGAUAGUUGGCUUCGUUAUGACUGUCCUGCAUCCCCAGGAUUGUAGCCAUGGGCAGGAAAUGCCAUACUGCUUCCUUGGAAAUUCCUCACUCUACAACCAAACAGUCCUGUCUUCUCCGCAGACUCACCAACCCUAGGAGACAGUGCCUUCCAGACAAGAGCAGUGCAAAUAUAAACUUUUUAAAAAAAUGUUUUUGUGAAGUCCAUUGUGUGUUUCAGGUUUUUAAACGUAC